AGGUUGGCCACCCCGGUCUAUACACUGAACACUAAAGUAACUCCCUGUGCCAACACUGUAGUGAAGGCUUUGUUCCAUUACCUCCUUUGGUUGUAUUGGACAAACUACUUGUACAGUUAAGAAGCUUCCUUGGCCAAUCACCUCCUGUUUUGGUGUGGAAAGAAACUCAGCUGAUGGUCCUGAUUCCCAAAGGCAGAGCAAAGAUGACAAAAACAGAGUUGCAUUUCUACUGACAAUUAAGACUCUGAAGACCAGGGAGGAGCCAUUUCACAUUUCUUUGAGGAGGCAGCUGCAGAUUUCUGGAGUCUUUUUGGAGGCUUAAUGUCCUUACUCUUGCCUCUCUAUCUGGGAGUCAGCAGGCUAGUGAGUCACUCACACAGACAGGGAAGAUCUGCAGGACCUGGCUGCCUGGAAAAUUCACCUUUGCUCAGUGGUUUAGAAGGAGUUAUCAUUUUAUUGCUCUGGGAACUUUCUCCUCUGGUGGCUGCUGUGGAAUUUGGAGCACUGCAAGGAUCUCUUGCUGCAGGAAGGCUUUGUUCUUUCCCGGUUUCCCACCCAUCUGUGGAAAUGAGCUGUGCUGAGUCUCAUAAGGUGGCUACUCUUUCCUCAAUUUCUCUGAAGAACGCCAGUCCCCCUCAAUCACAUGUUGUCUACAAGAAGAUGUCCCGUGAUAAGGCUGUGACUAUCUACCUGGGAAAACGAGACUUCAUUGACCACAUAGAUGGCGUGGAACCUGUAGAUGGUGUCUUGUUAGUGGAUCCUGAGAUCAUCAAGGGGAAGAAGGUGUAUGUGACUCUGACCUGUGCUUUCCGGUAUGGCCAAGAAGACAUUGAUGUGAUGGGUCUGACCUUCCGAAAGGAUCUCUUUUUCUCUAGGUUACAGUUGUACCCACCAGUGGAGAAAUGGGAAUCUCUCUCCCAAUUGCAGGAAUGUCUGAUGAAGAAGCUGGGGAACAAUGCUUACCCUUUUGUUUUAACAUUUCCAGACUAUCUGCCCUGUUCAGUCUCCCUGCAACCAGCGCCUAAUGAUGUCGGGAAGUGCUGCGGGGUGGACUUUGAGGUGAAAGCUUUCUGUACAGAGAACGUGGAAGAGCGAAUUCCCAAAAGGAACUUUGUGCGCCUGUUGAUCCGUAAAGUACAGUUUGCCCCAGAAGAACCAGGACCCCAACCUCAAGCUGAGACCACCUGGCAGUUUUUCAUGUCCAGCAAGCCACUGCACCUGAGAGCACGUCUGAGUAAAGAGGUGUUUUACCAUGGCGAGCCCAUUCCUGUCACUGUCACCGUGACCAACAAUACAGAGAAAACAGUGAAGAAGAUCAGAGUGCUGGUGGAGCAAGUUGCCAAUGUGGUUUUGUACUCGAGUGACUAUUACACAAAGGCGGUAGCAAUGGAGGAGGUGCAGGAGAAAGUGCAGCCAAAUAGUACCAUCACCAAGACAUUGAUACUUCUGCCCUUGCUGGCAAAUAACCGUGACAAACGGGGCAUAGCACUGGAUGGAAAGUUAAAGGAUGAAGACACAAACUUGGCUUCCAGUACCAUUAUUAAGGAUGGGAUAGACAAGACAGUGCUGGGGAUUCUGGUUGCCUACAGGGUGAAGGUGAAGCUCAUUGUCUCAGGAGUGCAAAUAAAGCUUCAAUCAAAAAUGUAUCUCCAAGUCUUCACUUGCCUACUGCACAAGACUGAGAUGCACACCCCUGAGCCCAAACAUGCUGUGGUCCAGACUUUUUACCCACUGAGCUUCCUGGGAAAUGCUGGUGUUAUCCCCCACUACUUAGCUCCAUGGGGGACAUUCAGCUUCCUGAUACCACUGGCAAUAUGGAAGGGGACAAGAAUAACUCUCAGCUGGUGGGAAGUGCUAAUUUGCACUUGCAUUCAGCGUCACCGGAUUCUCUGUGUCUCUAUCCUGUUAUAAUCUAUAUCAGGGUCAAUGGUUUGGCUUGGCUUGUACUUGUGAUAAAAUAAGUGUUGCCUUGCAUGGUCUCCUGGCUUGUGUUUUGAUCCAUCCUGUGGAUUUAGGGGGCAGCUGUGAAUGGAGCCUUGUGAACAUUUGCUGUUUGAGGUUCAGAACCCCUUCUCUCUGUCCACAGGAUGGAUUUGACAAAGUAACACUUAUUUAUAAGUAUCACCUAAUCUGAUUCUUUACAGUCUGAUUUCUUAUUCUUGCUUGCUUAAUUCUUUGAAGCAGAGAUGUUUAUAUUUGAGCAUUGCAUUGUGCAGGAGAAGAGAGAAAAGACAUGGGAGGGUGUGAGGAAAGGACCAGUGGGAACUGAAUUUAGUGGAGAUGCUGCUAUAACUCAGUGGUUCAUAAACUCAUCGAACUACUAAAGAUCUGAUGGACAGCUCUCCUCCCAGCCUCCCAUUCCAAAUCCCACUGCCCCAUUCCUACAGCUACUGCAGCACUUGAUUAUACCCCCCCCCCAAAAAAAAAUACUGAGACGGUGUUAAGGAGACGAGGAAAAUGAACUCACUGUAAUAUAAUGGGAUGAGGCUUCCUGGUGGUGCUCACUCCACCAUUUGUGUAUGCUUUUUUUUUCCCACCCUGGUGACAGAUUCCAUAUUAACAAAAUCCUUUCUUCCAUGCCUGCAGUCCUUACUGCUCUAAUUUCUCUAGCUCACUUUGGUUCAUUCAUGUGUGUGUUACCUCAAAUUUUGGUGUCCUCUGUGGAUCAUAGCUGAAUUUACAUAGAAGAAACACCCAGUAAAGAUAGACAUUUAAGUAACAAUGCAGGGUGCGGAGGUGGGCUUUGGGUUUCUCUAAUUUUAUUAGCCUAAAGA